AUGGACUUUCUUGACGAGCUUGAGUCAAUGGCCCAAGUGGCUAUCCAACAACCAUACGAAUCCGAUGAGCCUGAUACCGAUGACAUCGAAAGAUGGCAAUCACUGUUUGGGUACACCUACUCCCAAGCAGCACAGAAAAUCCAAGAGCACAGGUCGGACCUAUCUCGUGUCCUAGUCACGGAGUCCCACUGGGAGAUUGUGCGCGCGGAGAAGGAAGCACAAGGAUACGACAAGGAGGCUUACGAGCACUCUUGCAGUCUGACAACCCGCAUCAACCCGUCGGCGUCCCAAAAAGUUUCAACCAAAGCUACUAAGCCUUCUAUUUAUCUGCUCAAACUCGAGGGGCCACUUAGCCAUGUGGCACAAGUGAAAUCUGCAGCCGAGCUUAAGGAAAGCCCAACAAAGCUCAGCGGCACAGAUGACUCGGGAGAGUCUACAGCUUUCUGCAAAAUAAACGCGGAAGACAAAGAAAAGAUUCUCGACUAUCUCUCUCGCCAAGGUUCCCGAUUUCAACCUACCUUCAUCCGAUAUUCGAAGGCGGAGAAGGAUCUGUCCGCGGUGUCAGCGUACCCCAGCCUCGGCAUUGACACCACCAUGCCGCAGCAUCGCCCCGUAUCUAUGGACGACCCAAAACUAAGCCCGGCACCGAACCAAUAUCCUGUCUGGUACUUCUUCUACGGGACAUUGGCGGACCCAACAGUCAUAAAGCGUCUCGUGGGCUGCGAGCCCUGCUACCGCCCGGCGAGCGUGACCCAUGGUGUUCUAAAGACUUGGGGUGGCAAAUACAAAGCGUUGGUCGAUGCUUUCGAUGACAGAGCAGAAGUGCAGGGUCAUGCAUUCCUUGUACAUAACCAUGAGCAAGAGGAUUGCCUCCAAUUAUACGAGACCGACAAGUACGAUGUGGUUCGGUGCGAAAUCCAGAUGGGCGACGAGAAGGUCAAGGGUCUCACAUUUCGAUUCAUCGGCGACGUCGACCCAUGA